CUGCUUGGCUUUUAAAUUUGUUUUAGACCAAUAAAUAGAAAAUACUAAAUAUGGCACAGUCAAUGUCCAUGAAACAAAUUGGAGCACGACACAUGAGUUGCGUGAUAGAAAUAAUGGAAUGGAGUAACAAGAUGGACCUAGUAGCUUAUGGAACUGAAAAAGGCGAGAUAGUAAUUCAACGAUUAAAUUGGCAAAAAAUUGUAACAUUUCCAUCACCUGGAGAGGAUGUUAAGGUGAGAGGUUUAAGUUGGCAAUACGAUGAGACCAUAAUUGCUGUGGGUUAUAGCAAUGGUCAGGUUUCUUUAUUAGAUGUGGAACGUGAAGAGUCUAUUUCAAAUUUAAAGUACGACGAUGACAUAAAAAGGGUGUACUUUAGCAAAGCAAUAAUUGCACCGGACUACCGACAGUUGUAUCGAAAUAAAACAGAGUUGACCUAUGAUUUCUUUUUGCCGCCAUUGCCACAACUGAACAGUUUAGGGGUUUCAUCGAAAACUCAGGAGCAUAAAUCAUUUGCUAAGGGUUCUCCAUGUUUUCUGGUCGUAAUAUUGAAAUGUGGCAAAGUUCAUUUAUUAUUGCUGGGAGCCUUAAAGUCAGGGUCCAUCGAUAUGUCUCAACAUGUUUCGCAUCCGGAUGAAUUGGAAGUUCAUGAUGUUCGUUUAAGUGGCGAUUUCAAUGCAAUGUAUGCCCUGCUAAGGGAUGGAAAUCAAUUAAAAAUUCUUCAUUUUCAUAAUUCCGUAUUGAAAGAAUAUAUUUCACCAAUGAUGCAUUUAGCGCAGCACUGUGCAAAUAUUUUGGAAACGAAAAAUUACAUUAAUAACACCAUACAAUGUAUGUUGGAAGCUUGGGAAACGGUUUUGCUCGAAAUGGAUAAUAAGCUGACAAGUUAUGCAAAUAAACAAACGGAGGGAUCAUUGUCUGCUGAUUUUAUGGAAUUGUUGGUUUUUGGUUAUGCCACCCAUGAAAUAGAAGAAUUUUUAAUGCAGGAUCUUACAGAAAAAGGAGUUAAAAAGCUUCAGAACUCUGUAGAUCUAAGCUACUCCACCAUACAGAGCCUGGUAGCGAAACCACUGCAGAUGGCAACAAUAAACAUGUUUUAUUUUCUUAACACCAUCAAGGGUCUGGCUAGAACCAGUUAUUAUUAUGAACCUCUUAUUGUUUGUGAAUCUACUGAGGCAGCAUUACGCGAGUGCGGGGCAUUUUUAAUGAAAAUAUUAGAACUACAACAAGUGAUCGAUCAAUCAGUUAAUGAUAUGAAAUUGUUUUUCUGUUGGCUUUGCGUUGUCAUAGUACGUCUACACCAACAGGACGUUACUGAGGAUAUGGCGCAAUUGACUAUGGAGGACACUAUAUAUUUAGCGGAAUACUUAAACAGCUUUGAGGAUAGUGUUAUCGAGAACGAGGAUGGCACAGUUAUAAAGAGAAAAUUUAAUUUGGAAAAAGUUGGCCAGUAUUUGGAGGAUAAGCCUCUACAGCAAGUAGUUAAAACCGAUAUGCAUCAUCUGUGGCAUAAACUUCUGGAAGAAAACGAUUGUCUCCGCAAUUCACCAUUACUUUACCCACAUGAAAAACGCUUAUCUCUUACGCAGCAACGGGACAAAAUGUUUGUAGCCAUUGAUAGUGUGUUCCAAAAACCAAACGAAAGCAUAAGUCUCGGGUUUGAGCUUGAUGCCAGUUUCGUAUGUUGUUCUUUCAAUGAGAACUCUGAAUGUAAUUUCGAUUUUAUUAGAACAUCGUAUUUUGUAAGUGAAUCAAAAAAAAGGGAUCUAAUGUUGGUUACUGUUGGUUGGCAGGAUUGUUUAGUUCUGGAAUUUGAUGAUAAUUUUAAGCAAUUGAAAUGCUUUCGAUUGCAAACAAACCCUGGCCCAUUCACCAAAGACCUAAACAAUGGUUUGGAUAAUUUAAGAUUUAUCGACUUGCAAUUUUAUAACGACGAGGUCAUAUCACUGCUCCUGGGCAAAGAAAGUGAAACGAUGAAACAACAAAGUUAUUUCAUACAAUUUCCUUUGGAUCAAAUAAAUGGCAAAUGCUCCCUACACGCUCUGCCCCAAAAUUUAAAUUUGAAUGAUUCAGCAGUUGGUCACAGUAUUUUCGAUAUAAUAGAUAUUACCAGCUUUAAGGCAAUCGAUAGCGUUUGCACAAAUCUGGCUGUAUCCGGAUGUAGAAAGGUGGCUUCUAUACUCUCUGAGAAGCGCAAGAAAAUGAUAAUUUUUGAAAUGGAAAUUGAAGAUGAUGAAGAUGAAACGGAAAUUUCUCAAAAUUCAAUGCUGGACAUAAGUAAAGAAUCCGCAGUUUCGUAAUACAAACAAAUUACAUAUGUAAUUACAAUCUAAUUUAUUUUAGUCGUUUACAAAGAAAAUUAAAUGGCGUUAAUCCGAGUUAAUAAAAUAUAAAAAUAAAUAAAAGAAAAAUGCUGCUUAAAAUGUUUGGUCGAUAUUAUGAAA